AUUAAGAUGUUCACAAACAUCACCAGGAUUGUGCCUCCUGGUGAUGGAUGUGCUGAGAGUUCUGGGAUAACUGACAAGAGAGACUCAACAACAUCCAAGGUUAGAAGUAGUUCAAUAACAUGCAUUAACUAUGCUAAUUCACCAGUCAGACUUGAUCCAGAGAUGUUUGCCACAUCUAAGAAGAAGUCUACAUGCACUACAUCACCACAUUUGUUCAGAAAGAGUCUACUUAAGAAAUAUGUUGAUGCAGUGAGUAGGAUUAGAGGCAGUAAGAAGAGGUUAUUUGAGAAUGUGGAUGAGUAUGUGAAUGUGGAUGAUGAUGAUUAUGACAACGUUGUAUUUAGUGCUGAAACAAUACAAGCUAAGCUGGAGUAUGAGAACAUUCAACUAUCUAAUGAUGCUGAAGAUGUCUGUCAUCCAAUAGAUGAUCCUAGAAGUCCUGUUUCUGAUACUGAAGAAAUGGGAAUUGGUGUAUACUUUUGUGAACAAUUACUUUAAGGACCACAACUGGGUUGACACUGUACAUCCACAACAGUAUAUGGAAGCAGUCAAUAAAGUACAAGCAAGUGGUGUGGAGGAGGAAGGUGAGAAGGAAUAUCCAAAAGGAAAAGCAAUUGUUCCUUAUGAUAAUUAGGGUAAUGAGGAUUACA